AUGUUCCACGGGAUCGACGCCGACGACGACGCGAGCCUCGAGGACCUUGAGCGAGAACUCGCCGAGUGCGAGCAAGAGCUCGUACUGUGGAAGGUCCGGCACUCCCGCGCGUUGAAGAAGCGGGCGCUCGAGGCUGCAGCGCCGCCAUGCCCGAGCCCCGACGCAUCGCCCGUCGCAGAGCAGCCCAUCGAGCAAGCGGCGCUGUCAACCGAGACGUCGCUGCAAGCAAUUGCGAGCUCACCAGUGCUGCAGAGCCCAUCAUUGCUUGCUCCCAUUGCGAGUCCCACCGCAUUGCCAGCGGUUCAGACGUCAGCGGUGGCUCGAAGCGAAAUGUCUGCGCCCGUCGCUAGCCCAGUACCCAGCUCGAGUCCGAUCUUGGCGGCCAAUCUGACCAUCUCCACGACAACGUCGGCGAGCGCAACGCCGCAGCGCCUCUCGUCGCCGUUGGGCGCUGGCGUCGACGAGAGUAACCAAGAAGAUCGGCGGCUGCUGAUCCAGAAACUCCGCGAAGAAAAAGCCAAGGUCGCCCGUCGGGAAAAGAUCGCCGAGCUCGAGAAGGCUGCGGCCGAAGCGCUCAAGAAGCAGCGCAUUGCGCGGGAAAAGCUCGAGCGCGUCAACCAGCAGCGGGCCGCACCGCCGCCACCGAUCCGCACGACACAAAACAAGCGGCCGCUACCCGUCUCCGCGGCGCCACCUCGGCACGCCAAGCGUCACUUCACGCACAGUACGAUCGUCGACAAGCCGCUGGACCCGGAGGCCAUGGCCCUGCCCAAGGCGGUGGCGCUGCCGCUGUCGUCGCCUAAUGACCUUCUCUCGCAUGUCUUCCGCGUCUGCACGCGGUCGCUCCUGCAAUCCAACAAGCCGCUCUCGGUGCCGCAGCUGCAAGUGCUGUGCCAAGACUACUUUGGGAAGGAGUUCGGUCUCGUCGCCCAGGCCUGCGGCUUGGCGUCGGCCGACCUCGGCCAGCUCCUAUCGCCCUACGCCUUCCUCCGUGUCGCUGUCCAUGGUCUCUCGGCGCCGUCCUCCGCCGUCGACGCGUCGCCGAUCGACGACGGGCUCAUCCCGUCCGUCCGAUGCGACUCGGCCGAUGGCGUCGCAGCGUUCCUCCACGCGUCGCGCGAACGAGUUCAGAGCGUCCUCCAGCUCACAUCGUCGCUGGCGUCGUCGAAGGAGACCGCGCUCCUCGACGUCGUCAAGGCCCAUGCGAUGCUACAUGCAGCGGCGCCACGGCAAACCUUUCUCGAGCUCUGCUGGCCACGCGCGUUGACGUGA